AUGAAAUCGGCCUUUAAGUGUGCCACCACCGCCUGCUUAUUGUUAUUUGUCUUUACGGCAGAAUUCGUGGAAGCUGUUAAGCUCAGCGAACUGACAGCAUCGGUAUUAAAUGAGACAUUUCCAGAAAAUUUUGUUGUCACGAGGAAAAAGGAGCUGCUGUUCAUCGGCCUUGAUGUCAUGCUGUUCUCCGGAUGCACUGAUAGCUGCAGUCAAACGUGUGCCAUUCCAGUUGUUGUAGCACCCGUGGCAGGCACUCAAUCUACAAUUCCUCCUUCACAAUCACCUUCAUCAACAGCCUUCCCGCCUCCUCCAUCACCUCCACCAACAACCCUCUUUCCACCACCACCACCCCCAUCAACAACUCUUCCACCACCACCACCUCCAUCAACCACUCUUCCACCACCACCACCUCCACCAGCCACUUUUCCGCCAUCAAUUCCUCCACCACCAGUCACCACAUCUGCCUUAUCCACAUGUGAAGUCUGCAAACAGAAUUGCAUGACCUGCCCGACAGAGAUCUGCAUCGGCUUGUGCAUGCCAAGAUGUGUAGCUGUCUGUUCAACUGGUGAGUCACCAGCUACUACUGGUGCUCCACUAUCACCACCACCACCCCCAUCAACAACUCUUCCACCACCACCUCCUCCACCAGCUACUCUUCCACCACCACCUCCUCCACCAGCUACUCUUCCACCACCACCUCCUCCACCAGCUACUCUUCCACCAUCACCACCACCUCCUCCACCAACUACUCUUCCUCCUUCACCACCGCCAUCAGUCACUACUGCUCCAGCUGCGACUUCAGUAAGGAACUAG